UAUGUUUCCCCCAUAGAGAUUAGAAAGGAAGACUUUAAAAGGUUGCGGAACCUAAGAUUCCUCGAUUUAAAAAGGGGAACUUUUGUUGGGGACUUUGCAAAGUGUCAUUCAAAUUUGAGAUGGUUUUCUUGGAGUAAUCCUUCUUCUUGGGAGGAUCAAGGGAUGAACAAACUCGAUUUGGAUUUUAGGGCAAGCAAUUUGUAUUUGGAUAAGCUUGUUGUUUGUAAACUUCACAGCCUUGACUUCAAGGAUGAUUCAAAAGCAUGGGACUUGAUCAAGAGAGCAGAAAAUUUGAAAGUUCUAUCCAUUACUCGGUGUUUUGGCAUAACAACAAUCCCAAACAUCUCUAGAUGCUCGGCUUUAGAGAGAUUGACUCUUGUUCAAUGCUCCAGUCUAAAGAGAAUUGAAAGCUACAUUGGAGAUCUACAAUCAUUGAUUGAGUUAAAGAUUAUAUAUUGCUCGAAUUUAACUAAUUUGCCAAAAGAAGUGGGGGCACUGGUGAAGCUCGAGUGUUUCUCCUUGCAGCAUUGUAAAAGGUUGAGAGAACUUCCAGACUCACUUGGGAAUUUGACCUCAUUGAAAGAGUUAGACUUGUCAGGUACUCGCAUUGCCAUACUUCCAAAUUCCAUUGGAAUGUUAAAAUUUAAAUAUUCGUAGUUUGAAACUUGAGAAUUUUUCUUUCGACAGGAAUGAUAAUAAUGGAACUUCCCAACUUCAUUUUACAGUUAAAAUCAUUAGAGAUCUUGCGCUUUCCAUUAUGGCCAUUCAAUGUCAAGGAGUACUCUUAUUAUCAUUGGCAAUUCACUUGUGGCAUCAGCACCUUGGUAAAUCUUAGAGAGCUGGAUCCCUCUAGGCGUAAUAGAAUGAAAUGUGAAAUUCUCGUUGAAAAGGAAGACAUUCUUUUUGUUGGAAUUCCAAAGACAAUCAACACGUUUCAUGACCUCCACAUCCUAGACUUUACCGAUUGUCAUGAGACUCAAGAGUUAAUGGAGCUUCCCACAAGUUUGACCUAUCUACAUCUUCGACACACAUCAUUGCUUGGAUUGCCUGGCCCGUCACGACUCACUAAUUUGGUUAAUCUGCUACUACGCGAUGGCUCUGAUUAUGAAGGCAAAUCAAAGCUAAUCCCAGGAUCGGACUUAAGGGGGAUUGUGAAUUUAUCUAGACUGAAAUGGGUGGAGUUAAGACUGCUGAACGUCCCUGCAAAUCCACAAUUGAGUUAUCCUUCUCAACCACAAGAGAUUGUUUUGGGACACUUGGACUCAAAACCCCCUGUGCAGCUUCCAUCCUCCAACUGGAGGUGGAGAAAUUUGUCAACUUUAGAGAUCUAUGGUUGCGAAGUGGAAGACAUUUCGCUAGAUGGACUAUCACAAUUGGAGAACUUAAGUGUUUCUGGAUGUGAACGGCUUCAGAGAUUCUCCAUUCCUUUAGAAUUAAGGAAGCUGUGGCAAGCGAGGGUGAAAUCUUGUCAAGACCUAGUUGAGAUACAAUUUGUGGAUGUUUCAAAUUCAUUGGAAGACUUGACUGUCAGUGGUUGCAAAUCUCCGACAAUAAUAAGUGGGUUAUCAUACUUGAAGAACCUGGAGAGAUUGGUAAUUCAUUUUUGCGAUGUACUUAUUAAUGUUGAGGCCCUAAACGAGCUGGAGUCUCUGAAAGAGUUGUCGGUCUGCUGGUGCUUCUCAUUGAGAUGGUUGAUUGAUGCAUCUUGCACAAAAAUACCAGAUGAUUGCAUCGUCCAUAUAAGCUGGUGUGGAUACUUUAUCAAAAAUUCUAAAUAUAUUGAUGACAGUCCGCGUUUGAAGCAUUACAAAAAGGAGAUCCUCCAGAAUACAUCAAAGAAGGAUUCCUUCACAAUCCGAUUUCACCUCGGAGUAAAGGACCCUGGUGAACGGAAUUUUGGGUCUGUUCGUGGAAUAGAGAGAGAAAAGAAAGAUGUCGACCCCGAUUCAUUGACAUAUGAAGGAUUGAUUGCUAACGUGAAAAGUUUCGGCUUUCGUUUCAAGAGAAUGUGGCAUGAGACCAAGGAUGAUUACCCAAUACCAAGGGAGAUCAAGAGUGAUGGGGAUGUGAAUGAUAUGUUGGACAUGGCAUGUCGAGAAGGAUUCAUUAUUCAUUUGUACGUUGAGGGAGGGGUCGAUAGUGAAUGGGAGGGAGAAUACGAUGAGGAGAUGAUGAAGAUGUUAAGGGAGGAACGGAGAAUGAAGACUGACGUGUAUUCCAAUGAGGAUGGGGCUAAAGGGGACGUUUCAUGUCCUAAUGGAGACUCAAACACUGCACCUGUGGGUGGUGAAAGCGAAACUCAUGGCAACUCCUCCGCUGAUGAUUCCGAGUUAGGGCAGGGCAAUGCUGAAUGCUUUGAGGCUACGACGUCAAUUGCAAAAGAAGAUUUAGACACUGUUAAAAAACAGGUGGAGCUUCACGAAAAUCUAGAGAUGGGGAAACAAUAACUUUGGAGCAUUACGGAGAGGAGAUUUUUCUGAAUACAUUAGACAAGUCAUGUCAGCUCAAGAGUACAAGUGCUAAACACGGCAAGAGGCAGAGAGAUGAUGAUCAUGCAAGCCACGCCAACACCACAACAAAGAACUCAACUCGUGGCCAGCAGAGUGGCAUUCCCCAGCAUGUUACAAGGACAACAAGACAAGCAGCAAAAAAACCACCAGUUGAAGUAGCAGCACUUUCCGUUGAAGCUGUAGGCCCAUCUAGAAAGAAGAAAAAGAAACAGCAAGCAGGCCAAUCCUAUAAGAAGAAGUGCCAGGCUUAUGAAAGGCACAACUGGAGGGACAAGUGAUAUCGUGCAUCUAGAUCGAUAGUCACCUGGGAUGUUUGACUGGAUUGUGAGAUCAAUGUAGUGUGACUUGUCUUUUUUUGGUGGAUUCUGGGUUCAGUGAACUAGUAUGGUUGGAUUGAUAACAUAUUUGUGACGUAUUGCUUGCAAAUGUUCUGCUUUUAGCAAUUAAUGCGAUUAUCUUUUGUGAUC